AAGGAUUGUCGCGAGGUUUCUCAACGAUUCCGCGAACCUGACAGUGCCAUGGACGGACGUUUAGAGACGGAUUUGUAUCCUCUGGGAUCCAGCUACGUCACGAACAUUGAUGGUGUCCAUGAUAUAACAGUCGGCACAAAGAGAGGAUCUGACGAACUCUUUUCCUCCUGCGUCUCUAACGGCCCCUAUAUCAUGAGCUCAGGAGCAGCGAACGGUAAUGACAGUAAGAAGUUCAAAGGGGACGUCAGGAGUCCAGGCGUCCCCUCUCGAGUCGUCCACGUGAGAAAGUUACCCAGUGACAUCAACGAGGCCGAGGUGAUCUCAUUAGGACUCCCCUUUGGCAAAGUGACCAAUCUGCUGAUGCUCAAGGGCAAAAACCAGGCAUUUCUGGAGAUGAACACUGAGGAGUCGGCUCAGACGAUGGUGAACUAUUACUCCUCCGUCACACCUGUCAUCCGCAACCAUCCCGUCUUCAUGCAGUACUCCAACCACAAGGAGCUGAAGACCGACAACUCGCCCAACCAAGUGCGUGCUCAGGCGGCUCUGCAGGCGGUGAACGCGGUCCAGACGGCCAGCGUGCCUCUCAGCAGCGUGGACACGGGAGGAUCAGGAAGUCAGAGUCCUGUCCUGAGGGUGAUUGUGGAGAACCUGUUCUACCCAGUCACUCUGGAGGUUCUGCACCAGAUCUUCUCGAAGUUCGGCACGGUGCUGAAGAUCAUCACGUUUACCAAAAACAAUCAGUUCCAGGCUCUGGUUCAGUACUCGGACACCAUGACGGCUCAGCACGCCAAGCUGUCUCUGGAUGGACAGAACAUCUAUAAUGCGUGCUGUACGCUGCGCAUCAGCUUCUCCAAACUCACCAACCUGAAUGUCAAGUACAACAACGAUAAGAGCAGAGACUACACCCGGCCUGAUCUGCCCAUGGGGGACGGCCCGGCCUCGCUGGAUCCACAGACAAUCCCCACCAGCGCCUUCACUCCAGGUCUAAUCUCUGCAGCUCCUUUUGCGAGUGCUCAUGGUUUCCCUUCGGCGUUCACCCUCCAGCAGACUGCAGGUUUGUCUCUUCCCAGCAUUCCCAGUGCGUUGGCGUCUCUCGGCGUUCCGGCGGCCGCUGCAGGUCGACUCGCGCUGACCGGCCUCAACACCACAGCACACACUGUCCUGCUCGUCAGUAACCUCAGCCCUGAGAGCGUUACGCCCCAAUGCCUCUUUAUUCUUUUCGGUGUGUAUGGUGACGUGAUGAGAGUGAAGAUCCUCUUCAAUAAGAAAGAGAACGCUCUGGUGCAGAUGGCAGAUGCAACACAAGCACAGCUCGCGAUGAGCUACCUGAAUGGUCAGAAGCUGCAUGGGAAGGCUCUGCGUGUGACUCUGUCCAAACACACCACAGUGCAGCUUCCCCGAGAGGGACACGAGGACCAGGGACUCACUAAAGACUUCUCCACCUCUCCUCUCCACCGCUUCAAAAAGCCCGGCUCCAAGAACUACUCCAACAUCUUCCCUCCGUCCUCCACCCUCCACCUGUCCAACGUCCCCCCCUCUGUAGGUGAAGAUGAUCUGAAAGGACUGUUUCGAAGUUCAGGAGCCACAGUGAAGGCCUUCAAGUUUUUCCAGAAGGACCACAAGAUGGCGCUGAUUCAGCUGGGCUCAGUGGAGGAGGCCAUCGAGUCACUGAUCGAGUUCCACAAUCACGAUCUGGGCGAGAACCAUCACCUCCGAGUCUCCUUCUCCAAAUCCACCAUCUGAGACUCUCACAGGGCCACACACACACACACACACACACUCUCCAGCAUUCCUUUUCUUAUUAUCCACACACACCUGAAGAAACCCAAUAUUUUAAUUUGGGUUUAAUUUGUAAUCUUUUAUUUCCUCGCACAUUUUCUUAAAUAUUUUGGUGCAAAAAAUAAUUUGUAGUGUAAUCAUCGUUGUUUAUCGUUAUUGCUAUAUAUCUAUACGCUGAUCAUUUUUCUAUGGGGAUUCUGGGAAAUGAUGUGGGGUUCUUGGCUUAUUUUUUUUCCUCAAUCAUAGAUGCUGCCUGGUUCACCCUCAGUGCCUAUAAACACACGGCUGCUCUAAAUUUUGAAAAUGACCUGUUCUCGUUUCUACCUUUCAAAAUUGCAGUGCCUUAUAUGGUCACUUCCUGUUUGACCGUAAUUCCGUUUCUCAUAAAGCACUCAAGGUUUUGAUUUUCAUUUUUGGUAAAUUUAAGGAUAGUUUGUUUAUAAAAGAAAAGAUUCGGAUUUGAGGUUUAUUUGCGUAUCGGACACCCGGAGCAGUAAUGCGUUCCUCUUUUACUCCAGUCUUUCUCAGUUUCUCAGAAAUUUUACAAUAAAACACGUUUCAGCUUGAGAAUGUGUAGACUGUAGCAGAAUAUGAAUCAUUCUGAUCAUCUGAAUUCAUGUUUGGUAAAAACCACACAUUUGGUUAUAAAGCAGGUUAAUUUACAUAUUCAUAUCAUAAUUCCUGUUUCUGGUAUAAAGAAUCUUUUUAUUCCAAAAACAAAGCUACAGAUUCCUCUUCUGGGGAAAAUUUGAGUAAUGAUUCAUUACUUCAGGGCUUUUUAAUAGAACUUUUUUUGGUUGUAUUAUAAUUAUUCAGAUUAGCCUAUAGGACACGCCCCUUGUUAGAAUAUAUUUGCAUAUUAGAGCCAUUUUAAGGCUUUUUGACCAUUUCUUAUUCAGGUUUUUUGUGGUUUAAGGAUCUUUAGAUGACGGGUUUAGGAGAUUGAAAGUUGAAUCCUGUUAGAAUUUUUUUUUUUUUUUUUGAGCGAUUUAUUUGUUAAAGAUUUAUCUUUCAAAAAAAAAUCUGGUUAAAGUGCCUCAAAACCAGCCAAGUGAUUUAUUAAUUAAUUCAGACGGUUGUUCACAGGAUUUUAAUCAGUGGAAGGACGUUCAGCUUUAAUCACGGUUAAUUUGCAUAUUAAUCCCAGGCACGUUUGUUCCAAUUCUUUACGGAUUGGUGUCUAGAUGAAUAAUGUUAUUAUUGAUCAUUAAACAGCUGUUCAGACAUUGCUGGGGUUUACCUCAUCUGUUAAUACAUGACCCUUUAUUUUAAUUUAAACAGGCUCAUUUGCAUAUCAGGCUUUUGUCUUGUGACUUCUUUUGGUCUUUACUUUGUAAAGCCUUGUAAACGUUGAGGUAUGAACUGUUUGAGAUUUUAGUUCUUAUGGUCUGAGAGUUUUUGUUUAUCCCCCUGUUAAUUUGCAUAUUAAGUAUGGAUCACAAUCCUUUGUAGGAUCAGUCUGGAUUAUUUAGAUUUAUAAAUUCAGAUUCUGGUUGAGUUAAAUAUUCCAGUGGUUCUCAGUAAUGAUUUUGAUUGUUGGAAUUUUUUUUUUUUGUAUGUUUUAGCUUUAGAUGGCUAAAUUUGGCACCGCCCCUUUUGUUAAUCUUGAUCUAUAUUAUUGCUGUAGGGUUCCACUUGUCCUCACGAUUGUUGCACGUACACGCGUGUGGAUAUGGCUGAUGUAAUGGGAAUGGAUCACUGUGCCUUCACUUGCUCAGAUUAUUGGUUUAUUUCUGCACAAACCCUUCAUUUUAAUGAACGCAGACGGAGCUCAGACGUGACGUCUCUGCCUUUACUGUUUAUAUUCAGCGUUCGUCUUCAGAGUGUUUACUCCCUCAGACACCAAAUCUACUUCCUGUUCAAACCUCUGUGUCUUAAGUGAUGGAAUGGGUUUUUGGGCACUUGUUUGUGUUUAUAAAUGUAGUUAAAGUUGGAGGGUGAUGUUUGCAUUCCUGUGUAUAAAUAAAAUUUUCACAGCUUUCCGCUCUUUACACUGAACGUUUGUGUCGAGACGAGACGUCUUUGCUCUGUGGCAUCAGCUUUGUCAAGUUUUGCACCAGAGCUACGAGGCUAAUGUAGCUAAUGAGUAAUGGUAGCUUAUCGCCAAUAGUUCAGCAUGGUGUAGUUUCCUAAUUUCACAAAAAUGUCCAAAUCGAUUGUGAAUGAAGUGGUUCUGCUGUCACACUUUAAGCCACACCCCUUACCUGUUUCUUACAUGCUACCAACAUUCAUGUUAGCAUUGUAGCUCCACAGCAGAACUGAAGUGAACGUCUUGGCUGAUGGAAAGCGUUUGGUGUAAACGUGGUGCUGUGCACUUUUAUUUUCAGGUAAAACAGGUGGUUUGUUACUCUCACAUUCCUUUUCCCCACGUUUUGAUUUUGCUUGGAUGCCUUUAAUCAUUAAACACAAAGACCAAAACAUUUAGUCUUAAGAGAGUGGAGUUAAAGGCUGCGUCCCAAACGCUAGUGUUUAAUUUUGUGUUCUUGCUGGAAUUUGUGCGGAUGUUUCACGGAAUCUUCAGAUAACUAGAUUUGCUUUAACAGUGCGUUUAUUUCAUUACACGCAAACUCCCUGCUCGCACUGCAUUCUGGGUAAUGGCCGGCGCUCCAGUAAGAACACCAAUACAGUCAUUAAUUCCAGCGUUUGGGACCAGGCCAUACUUCCCCAGUUGUUUUUCCUGUUCCCAGUUCCUGAGUGGUGAUGGAAAUGAAAAUCACAUCUUUAUGUAUAUUUUGAUAAAGUCGACAUUGUAGAGCAUUUAUGUUUUGUAUUACACAGAAUAUUAAAGAUGUUCCAUCAGA